ACCCAGAGCAAAAUGAACACUUUACUACUACUUCUCUUACUCUUCUUGUCGUUUCUUUUAUCAUUUUCCUCGGCCGAGGAAUGUGGUCAACAAGCGGGAGGUGCUCUCUGCCCCAACAAUCUAUGCUGCAGCCCGUUCGGAUGGUGCGGUGACACCGAACCUUACUGUAAGCGGCCUGGCUGCCAAAGCCAGUGCACUCCUGAUGGUCAUCCUCCUCCUCUUCCUCCUCCUCCUUCUCCUCCCCCUCCUGAUCCCACCGGCGGUCUUACUGAUAUCAUUACAAGAUCUCAGUUCGAUGACAUGCUUAAACAUAGGAACGACCCCGCUUGUCCCUCUAGAGGUUUCUACACUUACGAAGCCUUUAUCACCGCGGCUUAUUAUUUCACCAGCUUCGCCAGAGGCAGAGACACUGCCGCGAGGAAGAAAGAACUCGCCGCUUUCUUUGGUCAGACUUCCUACGAAUCCACUGGUCAUCCAAAAAACACUUCGAUAUACACGUGGGGUUACUGUUACAAGGAAGAGUUGAAUCCCCCUUCAGACUACUGUUCACCGAGUGACACGUGGCCGUGCGUACCUGGCAAGCGCUACUACGGAAGAGGACCGGUGCUGCUGAAGGGGAACCACGAGUACGGAUCGUACGGACAAGCCCUUAACGCCGACUUACUCAACAACCCUGACCUUGUCUCUAACGACCCAGUGAUGGCUUUCAAAGUCGCGAUUUUAUUCUGGAUGAAACCUGUGCCUCCAAAACCGUGGAGCCACGGCGUGUUGAUAAAUUUAUGGAGGCCUUCAACGGCAGACAUUGCGGCCGGGAGAUUACCGGGUUACGGUGUGAUAACGAAUAUCUUCAACGGUAGAAUAGAGUGUGGACAUGGCUAUGACGCAAGAGUUGCUGAUAGGAUUGGGUUUUAUAGGAGGUACUGUGAAAUCUUAGGAGCUGACCCCGGAGAUAAUCUUGAUUGUUACAACCAACGGCCAUUUGAUCCUGUAAUUUGUCCCUCGACGCUGCUAUUUAAUAAAGAGUGA